GCCGGGGGCACGGGGCCGCUCAUGCAUCCUGACGCCGCGGCGGCUGCGGCAGCAGCAGCGGCUGCCGAGCGGCUGCACGCGGGGGCCGCGUACCGCGAAGUGCAGAAGCUGAUGCACCACGAGUGGCUGGGCGCGGGCGCGGGCCACCCCGUGGGCCUAGCGCACCCCCAGUGGCUCCCCACGGGAGGCGGAGGCGGCGGCGACUGGGCAGGCGGCCCGCACCUGGAACACGGCAAGGCGGGCGGCGGCGGUACCGGCCGAGCCGACGACGGCGGCGGCGGCGGCGGUUUCCACGCGCGCCUGGUGCACCAGGGGGCGGCCCACGCGGGUGCGGCUUGGGCGCAGGGCGGCACGGCGCACCACUUGGGCCCGGCUAUGUCACCGUCCCCCGGGGCCGGCGGGGGCCACCAGCCUCAGCCUCUCGGGCUGUACGCGCAGGCGGCCUACCCAGGGGGCGGCGGCGGAGGCCUGGCCGGGAUGCUAGCGGCAGGCGGCGGCGGCGCAGGGCCGGGCCUGCACCACGCGCUGCAUGAGGACGGCCACGAGGCACAGCUGGAGCCGUCGCCACCACCGCACCUGGGCGCCCACGGACACGCACACGGACAUGCUCAUGCGGGCGGCCUGCACGCGGCGGCGGCGCACCUGCAUCCCGGCGCGGGCGGCGGCGGCUCGUCGGUGGGCGAGCACUCGGACGAGGAUGCGCCCAGCUCGGACGACCUGGAGCAGUUCGCCAAGCAGUUCAAACAGCGGCGCAUCAAGCUGGGCUUCACGCAAGCCGACGUGGGACUGGCGCUGGGCACGCUGUACGGUAACGUGUUCUCGCAGACCACCAUCUGCCGCUUCGAGGCUCUGCAGCUGAGCUUCAAGAACAUGUGCAAGCUCAAGCCGCUGCUCAACAAGUGGCUGGAGGAGACCGACUCGUCCAGCGGCAGCCCCACCAACCUGGACAAGAUCGCGGCGCAGGGCCGCAAGCGCAAGAAGCGCACGUCCAUCGAAGUGGGGGUCAAAGGCGCGCUCGAGAGCCACUUCCUCAAGUGCCCCAAGCCCUCGGCGCACGAGAUCACGGGCCUGGCCGACAGCCUGCAACUGGAGAAGGAGGUGGUGCGCGUCUGGUUCUGCAACCGGCGGCAGAAGGAAAAGCGCAUGACCCCGGCGGCCGGCGCGGGCCACCCACCCAUGGACGACGUAUACGCGCCGGGGGAGCUGGGGCCGGGCGGAGGCGGCGCGUCGCCGCCCUCUGCGCCCCCGCCACCCCCGCCGGCCGCGCUCCAUCACCACCACCACCACACACUGCCCGGCUCGGUGCAGUGACCCUGCGGGCUGGGCCCCCGCCGCCGCACGGUCCGCCCGCGCGGCCUGGACUCUUUUUGUUCGGUUGCUUUGGAUUUUACAAAAAG